AUGAUCCUCCUCCAGAAAGCAGAAGUGGACAAUAAAACGGUCAUCACUGAAUUCGUCCUCUUGGGAUUUGGCAAGGUCCCUGAACUGCAAACCCUUCUUUUCCUGGUGUUUCUAGUGAUCUAUGUUGCAACCAUGGUGGGGAACAUCCUCAUCAUCAUUCUAGUGGUGGCUGACCAGCACCUCCAUACCCCCAUGUACUUCUUCCUGGGCAACUUGUCCUGCGUGGAGACCUGUUACAGCUCCAUCCUCCUGCCCCAGAUGCUGACCAGUCUCCUGACUGGGGACAGGACCAUUUCUAUUAGCAGAUGCAUUGCACAGUUUUAUUGGUUUGCUCUCUUGGCUUGUACAGAGUGUUACCUCUUAGCAGCCAUGUCUUAUGACCGGUAUUUAGCGAUAUGUAAACCUCUGCGUUAUUCAGUGCUUAUGAAUGGCAGGUCCUGCCUCUGGCUCGCAGCUGGCUCAUGGCUCUGGGCAUUUGUGGCUAGUACAACAGGGAUAUGUUUGAUGUCACAAUUAACUUUCUGUGGCCCAGGGGAAAUCGACCAUUUCUUCUGUGACCUGAACCCAUUGAUUAAACGUGCUUGUCAUGGCACCGAGCUGAUCACAAGGCUGAGUUUCAUACUCACCUCCAUAGGUGUCCCUUUCCCAUUUCUAUUAACUCUGGCAUCCUAUGUUUGCAUCAUCUCCACCAUCCUGAGAAUCCCUUCUGCCACCGGGAAGCAAAAGGCCUUUUCCACCUGCUCCUCUCACCUCACGGUGGUGACGCUUUUCUAUGGGACCAUAACCAUUGUCUAUAUUUUACCGGACACUGACACUCUGAGAGACCUCAACAAAGUCUUCUCUGUCUUCUACACUGUCCUGACUCCUCUGGCCAAUCCGCUCAUCUACAGCCUGAGAAACAAAGAGGUCAGACAGGCCCUGCGAAAGAUCACCUGUAAACUGAUGGUGCUCAAAGGAAUUUAG